AUGACGCGAAAGGUGUACGUGAAGAUGCUCAAGGAAAAAAGUAUUUCCAGUAAUUCGGCAACUUUGGCCAGCAAGACAACGCUGGACCACAUGUUGCUGAAGACAACGGGGGAUAUUCUUGAGGCCGGGAUCGAGCACGGCUGGACGAUAGAGACGACGUGUCAGCCACCUCGCUCGCCGGACAUGAACGUCCUCGAUCUUGGUCUGUUCAAUGCUAUUCAGAGUGUUCAGUAUCGCUACCCUAUGCAUAAACUCCAGGGGUUGAUCGCUGUAGUGGAAGACGCUUUUCGAGGCUUACCACGCACGAUAAUCGACAAGUGCGUCGUUACGCUUCAAAGGAUUUUGCAGUGUGUAAUUUCUUGCGGUGGUGGCAAUAAUUAUGCGUUGCCUCGGGUACGCAAGCUCUAUCUAAGCGCAAUAUCAAACCUAACUCCGUCUUCGCUCCCCAUACCGAAGGCGAUUGUCAUCAAAGGCUUCCGCUUGCUAGAAGCCAAAUAA